AUGGUCGAGUGCCGGGGUCCCAGGGGCGACGCGGUAAAAGUCCCACCUGGUGCUCGCAACCAGGUGGUGACCCGUCUGCGCUCGGCGGUGGCGGCCUAUUAUUUCAAUUCGCUAAUAUCCAAACCGGACCAGGGGAAGGUGUUCGAGGUGUCGUCGCGGGCUGGGGUGAGCAAUCACUUUGUCCGCGGCGGCAGCUUCACCCGCUUCGCCGACUGGCGAUUCAUACACCGGGCCAAAUUGGAUGUUCUCCCACUCAACGGUGCACGCCGUUGGGGGGAGGCAGACCGAAGGUGUCGGCGUUGCGGGUUGGCAGCCGAGACCCUUCCCCAUGUUUUAAACCAUUGUGGGGUCCAUUCUGCCGCCAUACAGCUGAGGCACGACGCCGCAUUGCACCACCUCUGGAAGGCUUGCCGGAUGCCGGGAGAUAAGCGGGUGAAUCGGCGAGUUGAGGGAAUUGACGGGGAACCUGGGGGGCUGCGACCUGACCUUGUGGUCAGGCACGAGCCCUCCAAGUGUGUCGUCAUAUGCGACGUCGCGGUGCCCUUUGAAAACCGCUGGGAGUCGUUCGAGGAGGCUAGGGCGAGGAAAGUUGCCAAAUACUCGUCCCUAGCGGAGGCGCUCCAGCGCGAAGGGUACCGCGUUGUCGUGACGGCCUUCGUCGUCGGUUCCUUGGGCUCGUGGGAUCCGGCCAACGAGGCGGUGCUUCGGGUGUUGCACAUUGGCAGUGCAUAUGCCUCUUUGUUGCGCCGUCUCGUUGUCUCGGAUUCCAUCCGCUGGUCCAGGGAUAUCUACGAUAUCUGGAGCACGUGUCUGGCGUUCGCCAGUACGCCGCACCUUCACGCCCCUCUGCUGGUGGGGUGCCCGCUACGCCCCCCCGCGCGUUUCGCCGGCGCGGGCCCGCCGAGCAGGAGCGGCGCUAGUUGUCCUGUGAUGAUUUGUCUAGUCCCUGUUGUAUGUUGUUGUGUGUGA